CAGAUAAGGGUCAUGGCAACGUAUUUCCCGCGAACAUGGCGCGAAACAUAGAAGCCCCAGCCGAGAGCCGGACAUCCACAUUUGCACUUCGUCGUGUGAGGAUUUCCAUGUAGUCUUCAUUCUCACAAGUCUCUAGAAUCGAGGUGACGUGGAGACGACACCUACCAAUGGCCGCCUCGGACGUGGCUCCUUCUGUCCCCGUCUCCCUGUGUGCUGGGGCCCUCGCCGGAGCUCUGGCCAAGACAACCAUCGCUCCUCUUGACAGGACCAAGAUCAGUUUCCAAGUGUCACAAGAGCCUUACUCGGUCCGUGGCGCUCUCUCUUUCAUCAGGGCGACAUGGAGAGAGCAGGGAGGGCGAGCUCUGUGGAGAGGAAACUCUGCCACCAUGUUGAGAGUUGUGCCUUUUGCUGCAGUCCAGUUUGUGGCUCACGAGCAGUUCAAGUUGCUUCUCACACCCUCCUCAGGUAAGCUGACAGCUGGAGGAAGGUUCCUGGCAGGGUCUCUGGCAGGCUGCACUGCCACUCUCUUCACCUAUCCUCUGGACCUUGUACGAGCCAGGAUGGCAGUCACUGCUAGAGACAGGUACCACCAUGUGUACCACGUGGUGCUGCAGACAGCGAGGCAUGGAGGACUCGGUGCUCUGUGGAAGGGAAUCAUUCCCUCCCUACUUGGAGUCAUUCCGUACGCUGGAACCAGUUUCUUCACAUACGAGACUCUGAAACAACACUACACGACACUCUACGAGACUCCGCCUCCUCCCCUACCUCGCCUCGCCUUCGGAGCAUUUGCCGGGUUGCUAGGUCAGAACGUGAGCUAUCCACUUGACAUAGUCCGUCGGCGGAUGCAAACGGAGGGACUAGUGUCCAGUGUUUCAUAUCACACCAUUCACCAGACACUGAGACAUGUCUUCUCAACCGAGGGGCUCCGUGGACUGUUCAAAGGUGUCAGUAUGAACUGGGUUAAAGGUCCACUGGCAGUCACCAUUAGUUUCAACACCUACGAUCAUACAGUUAGACUUCUGCAGUCACUUCCAUAGCCUUAUCUCCUUCAUACAUUCUGUUUUCAAUGUUAUUGUUUUUGACAUUUCAGAGGUUCAAAUUCUGUUUUUAAAAACACACGAUAUGGUAGGGAAACAGAAAGUCACUGUGAGGCGGUGUGCUAGAGUUUGAUUUUUCCUGGUAGUUUGGCAGUUGCUGAUGACUGGAUGUUCUUGACAGCUGACAGGGCCUUGUUUGGAGCGGAGGACACAGUACUCUUGAUGGUGGAGACAGCGUUGGCCUCGCUCUUCUCCUGCUUAGUUUGAGAGUCAAUGUGAGUGAGUAUCUCUGACAUGUUGGUCUCCAGGACCAUGCCUCCUAUACAUAUCUCCUGCAGUAUGUUGUGGACCCUGUCCACAUGGAAUAUGAGGUCCAGUUCACACACAUUCUCAAAACACCUGUCCAGUGUCUCCACAAACACCUGUGGAUUAGAGCAAGAGGGAAGCAGUAACACAGGCACUUUUUUGUGUUGUGAUUCUCUCAAUGUGUAAAGUUGUAUGUUUAACUGGAUUGUGUUAGAGCAACAGCUUUGUUCCAUGAGAUAGGCUACCUGUAACAUACUGCAAGUAAUGACAAUGCCAUCAACAUUUUGUACGUUCCAUUAGUACAUACUGAGUGAAAGAGACUGACCUGUAUGAGGUCUAGAAUCCC